AUGAAAUUCUUUGAAAAUAAAUUCACCUAUGACUACUCCUUCCCCGCUGUCUCCCUUGCCUACUUCCUCCGGUACCCGAACCCCUACUCUCGCCAUGUCCUUACCACCGACGUGAUUGAUCGCUAUGUCGAUCCCGCUACUCAACGUCUCCAUACCACUCGACUCCACCUGAAAAAGUCCAAGAUCCCGGCCGGUAUCUUGAAACUACUGCCUAAGGGAAUGGGCGGGUCCGAUCAUUCCGGCCAGAGCUACAUCCUUGAGACAACCGUCGUUGAUCCGCACGAGGGCUGGAUGGAGACGGAAUCCCGCAACAUGGAAUGGACUGGCAUCCUCAGCGUCGUGGAAAAACAGCGGUACCAGCGCCUCCCGGCCGGCAAUGAAGUUCGCGCGCUUGAUGGUCUGUCCAUGGAUCAGAAAACCGAACAGACCACUGUACGCACCACAGUGACUUUCAAGUCUCGCCUCGGACAGGGCAAAUUGCUGGGUAGAAAGAAGGCGGAUCACACCGAAGCGGACGAUGAAGCGCCCAAGAAAGGAUUUUUCUCCUCUCUGUCCACCGCCGGCAUCCAACGAACUAUCGAGCUGAUCGGCGUGAGUCGCACUCGGGACGCUGUGUUGAAGAGCAAGGAAGGAAUGAAUGUGGUUCUGGAACGUCUCCGCAGUGGCGGGAUUGUUGGUGUUCUGGAAGGUAUGCGACGAGAUCGUGAGGCAUUGGGGCUCGAUGGGGCCUUGAAACGCAUUUAG